AUGAACUUUGAAUAUGACAACACCCACUUCUCCAACGAUAUUGAAAUAGAUGAUACCAAAAAUGAGAGCCAUUCAAACGACGUGGAGAAUUUGUCAUUUAAUGGAGAUAGCACACAUUGUUUCACAGUGGAUCCACACUCAAACAUAAAUUUCAACUCUAUCGAAUGGGAGUACUUGCAGAUAGCACAACAAUCACUUCACCAUCCUCAUCCUCAUCAGCACAACAACACGCCCCAUAAUAGUGGACUUGAGGUUUCACCAUCAAUAUCAAAUCAUACGCUACAGCUGUUGAGGCCAACAUUUUCAACUGGGUAUGACACUGACAACACUGAUCUUCUUGGUAUGCUUGACAGCCAGAACCCGAGUAAUUUAAAUCUUCCAACAAACCAAGAUUAUCUAUCAAGCGAUAGUCUUUUGAAUCUGUCCGCUAAUACUUAUAAAGAUAGCCAUGGAUUCAAUUUUGAACACCAUUUGGACUCCAGUUAUUGGGAAUAUUUGUUGGAGAAGGAGAAUAUGUUGCACGACAACGAAGACAUACCAAAUGUAAAUACUACCGGGUACAAUAAUAUGAAGUACGACGAAGAUGGACUUGGCAAGGUUGACGACGACGUUAAUGACAAGGAUAUCCAGUCCGUACUGUGUUCCCCCAGCACUAUCGAUGAUGAGGACUUAGCUGGUAGCUCAAACAAUUAUAACCAGAAUGACAACAUCAUGCAAUAUCAUUCAAAUGAAGAAACAGCAGAGUUUGGUAAAGAAGAAGAUGAUGAAGAAUGUGUGUGGGAUGAACGACUAUCUUAUGAAAAUCACACACGAGCCGAGGAUGCCAAUUUUUUUAGUGAUCCACUCGCACUACAACUCCUGGUGGUAGCUGCUUCUCUGUCGCGACCAUCUCCAACUGUGAAGUUAACUAAUAUCACACGUAAUAAGGGUGACAGGUAUAUAACGACGCCGAUUUAUGAGUGGCCCGACGAUGAAACAACUGGAUCGACGAGAUUUUACAAUAAAAUGAAGGUUCGAUUAUCCUCUUUGGAGCCGAAAUGUGUUAGUGAUGCUGUUUUAAAGACAGUACGAGAAGAAUUUGUAAUUCAAGAUUCAUUCUUGAAUGGAGAAUCUCCACCGAGUCCCGAAGUUCCAGAACUGAUUAGAAAAAGGUCGGAUAGAGAUGUUGAGUGGACGCCAUUGUCAGUUUACAAAGCAUACACCAAUAUAAAGUCGCCCACAAAUGGUAAAGAGUCGUAUAAUAGGUUGGUUCCGUACACUUCAUGUAUCGGGACAUUGAAUUAUAGGCCAAAGGACCAUGCUGCUUGGAAAAGGGCUCCCAACAGGCGUCAAUAA